AUGGCAGGCUCGCUUGAUCUGCUCUCUGAAGCUAGCUGCCUUCGCCUGGGAGUCCCAUGCUCACUUGCUGACGAAUAUCCUUGCCACGGCGGCUCACACCGCGUAUUCGAAGUUGUCUUUGAAGACUCCGUACGAUGGGCUGCCCGAGUCCAUACCGAUUCCAAUAAUUGGAAAAACGAACUGCGAGCUGUUAGACAAUUUCAGUAUAUCAACAGCAACGCGCAGAGAUCAAAGCGCUAA